AUGAAAGUGUCUCUGUUGAGGCUGAGUCAAGAAGGCAACCAGCUACUGGUGUGCUCCUGGGAUGGCACUGUGGCCUAUAUCGACUUCACUGAGGAGGAAAUCGGGGUGCCGAUUAGUCCUGAGGAACGAAACGUGUGGCACCAGAAAUUGUAUGGCAAAAGCUUAUCGGGUCCGGGGAGCCAGCAGCGGCAGUCGGGCACCACCCUGGUUGAAGACCCCGAGGUUUUGAAGGCCCAGGAGCAAUACUCGAAAGCGCAGCAGCAGCAGAGGACGGUGGCUUCAACCCUAACCAAAGAAGUCAAUGGUGUCACACCUUCGGCGAGCCCAGCUACAGCUACGAGCAAUGCGCCUAUGAGUUCAGCAAACUCGGUGGUGCGUCCCAUCAACACCAACAGCAACAGCAGCCGCCCGAUGUCACACAUCAAGGGCCCCACUGACAAGCAAAUAGAAACGAGAAUGCCCGACGGGCGUCGCCGGAUUACACCGCUCUUCAUUCCUCCUGAUCCUGAAGUCGGAGAUGUUCCCGUGCCGUUCAACAGUCAAGCAUUGCCCAACUUCAGCUCGUCCACUGAGAGCAAAAGCAGGAUCGUCAUAGAGAAGCGAGACGAGUCCUCCAGCGUUCCUGCAACCGAUCUCUGCGACAAGUCCUCGGACAAGGCUCCGGCUGCCAAGGAAGACCAGGCAGCAACACCUGCAACACAAGGUCAAGUUGCAGAGAAAGAUACACCUGCCACCACAGCGGUGAAUGCUCUGCCAAACUCCGCUCCCCCGGCUGUGUCAGCGGCACCUUCUGACCAGUCUGAGAAGCCAGCAGCCAAGCCAGCUAGUGAAUCGCUGAUGCCGACGGGAAAGCGGAAAGCCACAGAGACGACCCCAGUCGUGGCAAGGCCACCUGAGAAAAAGCGCGGUCGACCUCCGUUAGACCGGACACUACAGUUUCAGCAGCAACAGCAGCAGCAGCAGCAACAGCAGCAGCAGGCACAGAAAGAAACCUCUGGCCACACGGCUACCAAUGCCCACCAGUCUGCACCAGUUCCCCACCGGCAACAAGCCAUGUUUCCAGCGCUAAAGCAAAGCAUGCCAGCCACGGUGAAGGUGGCAUACCUCGAAGACACUAAGGUACUGAGGAGCAUUCAGCUGCAGACAGACAUUCCAGUACCAGGAUCACGGACAGUCAGCAAGGUGCGAUGCAGUGAGGAGGAGACUGUCUUCUGGGAACACCUGGUUUCAGGUCGAGGAGUGGCCCUCGCCGCUAGCAGUCACGUGGUGUGUGUGGUGUGUGAAGACCGGACUUUGACGGCCCUGUCAUGCGUGACGGGUGCCAAGCUCAUGCCCCCACUGCUGCUGUCGUGGCCCGUCGCCCACAUGCUGUGCAAGGGCAGCUGCCUGCUUGUCCUUACAACGCAUGGCUCGGUGCACGUUUGGGACCUGAGCAAGCGCGUCUGCACCGUGCGUGAUGAAUCAGUGGCCCUCUUGUUCCGUGACACGUCGGGAGCAACGCUCCGCGCUUCCAGCAUCACGGAUGAGGGCCUGCCGCUGCUCACGCUCACGACGGGCAAAUCGUACCUCUUUAGCAAAGAGCUUGGCUCGUGGCUCCUGCUUACGGGAAGCGAGGACGCUGUUGCGCAGUGUUCAGACCACCACACGUCCAUGCCUGCAGCACCAGAUGGCGUGAAGAGCUCGACGCUGCCCUUGGGAUCGCUCCAGCACAACAUGUUCAGAGUUCCCCAGCGAGCCAAGUCGGUGUUUCACACUGGCCCCUCACUACAACAGGCUGGCACGCUCAGCUUCCUAGAUGGUCAGAUUGCGGCGUCCUUAGCUCUGCGAUCAUCCAGCGAGUACAAAUUCUGGACGCUCACAUUGGCGCGGUACCUCGCCACAGAAGGUUUGGAAACCCGACUAAAAGAUCUCUGCACGCAAUUUCUUGGUCCUGUGGGUGGCAACUCGCAGUCAUGGGAACCAACUAUACUGGGCUUGGACAAACGCGGGCUGCUGCAAGAGGUGUUGCCAUUUUUGGCCUCCAACUUGCGUCUACAGCGGCUCUUCACAGAGUUCAAAGAACAGUUGGACAUGACCACCAGUGAUGGUCUGCUGCCAAAUGGUUGACCGUCAAUCAGCAGACCUAGGCAUUGCUGACUCACAUUUGUCAGGCCUGUUGUAUCAUAAACUGAGAAACUGUAACGCCACCAGGAGAGGCCCCCAUCGUGGAACUUCGACCGAUGCCCUCUGCAGCCUUCCUUCCUUUGGUAGUCACGAUCUUUCGCAUUGUGGUGGUACUGCCUGUUUGCCAUGACUGCUGCAAAGAGAAAAGAAAGAAAUGGUGAUUUUCUCAUUUGGGAAGUGUGUGUUGCCAUUGCCACAUCCGAGAAACCUGUUUGUGUGGUGUGCCAGUGAUAGCAGUUCUGCCAGUUCUCGGCUGACAGUGCGGAUAGGAGUCGGAUGCAGGGUUAGCAUCGCGAAGCCAUCACAGGUGUUCCUGGAGCAGCAUGUAAGAACAGGGAGGACGCCACCUGUGUGAUCUUCAAAUUUUGCAUGGAAAAUCGUUGUGGACUUAAAUCUUUUUUUCUUUUUAACCUGUGCCCUACAUUGUAUCAGUCUGCCACUCAGAUACGCGACACAUCCAGUGAUUUACGUCAUCCUGUAUAGAGCCUCAUCAUUCAGGCCACAUUAGGUUUCAUAAUAAGCACUCUCGGGAUGAAAGAAUGUUGGAAUUCAGCUCCACCAAGAUAGUAGCACAAUUGGGCUGAACUGUAAGACUUGUGUCGAUCGUUCUGAAGCUGCUGCGUUUCAGCGAAUGCUGUAGACACUCUAAAAUAGUGGUUGAUACUGCAACCCAGUCUUAAUUUUAAGGCACUGUUGACUGCUGCUAUGAGCGUGCUGUGGUUACGUAUCCUUGUAUAAUGGUAUGGUGUGUAAUUGUGCAUUUCCUGUGAAGCACCCGCUAUGUUGCAUCACAGCAUUAGUAUCGACAUGUGUUGCAACAGAUCUGCCUUCUCCUAAUGCUCUUCCUCAGUUCUACCAGUUGGAGGGUUGUGCCACGCUUCAGUUGAAGUAUUCACGACGCUUGUGUAGCACUCCUUAGCUGCUCCUGCAGUAUUAUUUUGUAAAUGUGUGCGGGCUCCUAAGGGCUGUUCCUCGACAGAGCUGUCACUCAUAAGUCGCUCAGGACCUGGUUCGAUGG